AUGCAAUUCUCAUAUUACGUUUUUUCACAGCCAUCGGAGGUGCUGGUUCAUUUAUUCCAUCAUGUGUCUUCGAUAUUUUUAAAUUGGUAUAACUUAUUUUUCUUUCUUCAUCCAGAUUUACAAUGGACUACAACAUUACUGGCUACUAUAAGCAAGUUGUGCGUUACAGGAUCAUUUGCAAUUGUCUUCCUACACACCUGUGAAUUGUACCCCACCUGUGUGAGAAACGGAGCACUUGGAGCUCUGUCGACCUUUGCCAGAUUUGGUGGUGUCAUUGCUCCAUACAUCAUGAUGAUGCGAGCCCUUGCCGCUGGAAGAUUUGGUGACUCGUUACCUUUGCUGACAAUGGGAAUUGUUUGCAUUUUAGCUGGUGUUUCGUAUUUCUUCCUUCCUGAAACGUGUAACCGACUCAUGAAUGAUACUUUUGAUGAUCUUAGCAGACGAAAUACUGGGUCUAUAAGGGAAAAGGAUGAAUAUCAAUUAGAAGCUAAGACUGCUUUGAAUCGCUCGAUAUAA